AUGAUAUCAAUAUCAUUCCUCAAAUUAUUAAUUAUAGUUAAUUGGUAUUCCUCAUCAAUAUUUGUAACAGGACAAUAUCGUAUACCUCGCAUAAUUGAACAUCCUAUUGAUAUAACAGUUAGUAAAAAUGAUCCAGCAACGUUGAAUUGUAAAGCAGAAGGAAAACCAGAACCAACAAUUGAAUGGUAUAAAUAUAAUCAUAAACAGGAGGUACAACUAAUUGGAACCACUGGGGAUUCAACAAAUCGUUUAGUUGUACUUCCUACAGGAUCAUUAUUCUUUUUUCGAACUCGUCAUAGUUUUACAAGUAGCUCGACUGGUAGUGGUUCAAGUAGUGCUGAUCAUAGUAAUAGUGAUUCUGGUGUUUAUUUUUGUUUGGCUAAAAAUAUUAUUGGACAAGUUCGAUCAAAUAAUGCAACAUUACAAAUUGCAAUAUUACGUGAUGAAUUUCGUUUAGAACCAACCGAUAUAUUAAUUGGUAACAAUGAACGUGCACUAUUUGAAUGUGUACCACCACGUGGUAUACCAGAACCAACAAUACAUUGGUAUAAAAAUAACAAAUUAAUAAAUAUUGAUAAUAAACAUUAUAAAUUACUAAUAAAUAAUACAAGUACAACAUCAAAUACAAUUAGUACACAAACAACAUUAACAAAUACAAUCAAUAAACCAAUAUUAUAUUCAUUGUUAAUCAAUAAUAUAUCGAUUGAUGAUCGGGGUAAAUAUAAAUGUGUUGCUACAAAUGUUGUUGGAAAACGUGAAUCAAGAGAUGCCAAUUUAAUUGUACAUGUGAAACCAUAUAUAACAAAAGAACCAGAUCAUAUAACACAAUUAGUUGGUACAGAUGCAAUAUUUAAUUGUAUGAUAGAGGGUGAUCCACAACCGACAAUAUUAUGGAAACGAAUCAAUAAUAAUGAUAAACAAGAAUUAUUAUUACCAUUUAGUCGUGUUCGCAUUACAGAUGAUAAUCAAUCACUAAUUAUCACAAACGUUACACAACAAGAUGCUGGUACAUAUGUAUGUAUCGGUAGUAAUGAUGUGGGUCAAGUUCAAGCAAAAGCCACGUUAACCAUAUACUUAUCACCAAUAUUUUUAAUAAAACCCCAAGAUAUAACAAUUGGUAUGAAUGGUCAAGUAAUAUUCGAAUGUCGUGUUGAUGGUAUACCAAUGCCAUCAAUAUAUUGGAGUAAAGAAGGUAGACCAGAACAAUUAAUGUUUCCGAACAACACAUACGGUCAUAUUCAUGUAAAUAACGAUGGUACACAGUUAAUUAUUUAUGGUGUCACAUCUGACGAUCAAGGUGUAUAUGAGUGUACUGCGCUAAGUGUAGCUGGUUCAAUUACAACAUCUGUACAAUUAAAUGUGAUUACUGAUGAUACAAUUGAUACCAAUGAUAAUGAAUCAAUAGUUGCUAUACCACCAAUUAUACAAUAUGGCCCAACAAAUCAAACGCUGUUUGUAAAUAGUUAUAUGAUAUUACCAUGUUCAACGACUACUUCUGGUGGAGAUGGUACUAAUAUGCAUGGAACUACGAAAAUACAUUGGUACAAAGAUGGACAAUUGAUUCAUCAUACCAAUAAUAAUAGGAUACAAAUUAAUUAUAAGACUGGACUACUGCAUAUUACAGAUUUAGAAUACUCUGAUAGUGGUUUAUAUACUUGUACAGUAUCAUCAAAAUCUGGUGAAACAUCCUGGAGUGGUUCUUUAACAGUAAUCAACAACAACAAUAACUACAACUAUCAUCGUCAACCAAAUAUCACACAAUAUCCUCACCCUCCUUCAAAACCAACAAUAAUCAAUAUUACAGAAACAACAAUCACAUUAACAUGGAAUUAUCAUCAUUCACAUAACGAACAUCAUCAUUCAAAUAUCUCCGAUAUCAUUGGUUAUACAAUUGAAUAUUGGAGUCCUGAUCUUCAAACUGGUUGGGUUGUCGUUGCCAAUCGUAUUUCAAAUAACAUUUACACAAUCAACGAAUUAAAACCGGAUACAACGUACAUAUUUAUAAUCCGUUCCGAAAAUAUAUACGGUUUAUCAGCUCCAUCAAAAUUAUCACAACGUGUGAAAACAUUAUCAUAUGAUACCUUGUUAUCAAUUGAUCAACAACAAGAUUUAUCAUUAUUCGAUGAUGAUGAAUUACAGAAUAUCGAUGAUAAUAAUGAAUUAUUAAUUGAUCGUAUACGAUAUAUUUUAAAUACGUAUAAAUGUACAUUAAUACAUGUUCAAGCUAAUACAUCUAAUUCCAUUUAUUUAAAAUGGAUCGUAAAAAGUACAACGUCACAAAUAAAUAAUAAAAAUAUUAUACAAGGUUUUUAUAUACGUUUUCGUGAUUUAUCUGGGGGUAAUGGUGCAACAAAAUAUGAAAUAUUUAUACAGGGCUUUUAUAAAAAGUUAAACGGUCUACCAUCGAAUACAUGGAUUGUACAAACAUUAGAAGAUAUACCAUCAGGUCCACCUACAAAUAUACAAGGUGGUUUAAUAAAUAUUACUUGUGGAUGGAUUCGAUGGUCUUCACCAUUACCGCAACAUCAUAAUGGUAUUAUAUUAGGAUAUAAAUUACAAAUAUUAAAUGUUACAUCGACCAAACAUAAAUUAUUAGCACAAAUUACUAAAUAUGGUGCUAAAGUUGCAGCAUAUACAAAAGUUGGUUUAGGUCCAUUUACUGAUAUUAUUUUAUUAAAUAGUUUUAAUUAUAAUGAUUUAACAAUAAUCGAACAACAUCACACUACUCAUACGUUAUUUAAUCAAAAUAAAGGGGCGCUAUUAAUAACAAAUAAUGCUGCUAAUAACAGUGUAAUUACAUCGUUAAUUAAUAAUGAACAAACAAUUAUAAUUAUAAUUCGAUAUUAUAAUGGAGGAAGUUUAGGUGGUACAACGCGUCGUAAUAUUCAACCUGUAGUGCCACAUUAUGAUGAUAUUAAUAAUUAUCAUAUUACAAAGACAUCAGCACCCCAUCAUCAUCACCAUCGGCAUCAUUUUGAUGACGAUGUUGAACUAACAACAAUUACGAAUAAAAAAGCACCACCUCCGUCACGUACUCGAACCACCACAACCACAACAUUAUGGAUCGAUGAUGGUUGGCGACCAGUUAUCAUACAAUCAUCAUCAUCAUCAUUACCUGCACCACCACCGAUGCAACAUCCCCCACCACCACCCAUCACCCAAUAUCACCAUCCAGCAAGUCAUCCUGAAUUACAAUCUUCACAUUAUCAUUAUACAAAUGUGAUUGAUAGUAAUUAUAAUCCAGAGUAUAUUGAAGUGAAUAAUGCAUUGCUGUCAUCACCUAGUACAGCGGAAUAUGGUGUGGUCGGUGGUGGGGAUGAUAGUACUAUUGGUGGUGCUAAUGAUGAUGAAACAUCAUGUUUAUAUGUUGAAACCAUACCACAACAUCAACAAACUUCGAAUACGUCAUCGUUACAUUCACAAUCUCAUACGCCGUCAUCAUAUCAUCAAUUUGAUUUAUAUAAAUUUUUAAAUACUAUGUAUAUAAAUAAUAAUUAUGUGAAUGAUUUUGAUAUGUCUAGAAAUUAUUACAUUGUAAUUUCUAGAUAUUUGAUCAAAUUUUAUUCAGCAUUCAAUGAUCUCAUUUAA